UAUAUGAAAAAAACAAUGUACGAAGAAAAGUUCUAAAGUAUAAGUAGAUCAAUUACCAGAAAUACAUCUCAUGAAAAAUAAAUAAAAUUUCGACCUGAUAUGAAAGUAAGAAACUGGAGGUCACAACAUGGAAAUUGCACAUGCCUGUCCACAACACCCAACAUCCAACUCUUGGCGUCUGUGAUUCUCAAUUUACAGUUUUCAAGACGCCACUUUUUUGGUGCAACAUAUUUAUCGGACUGUCGGGGACACUUUACACAGUCCUGGGAGGACUUCGAGGAGUGGUGUGGACUGACUGCAUGCAAUUCAUGAUUGCACUGCUUGCCCCAAUGGCAGUUGUAGCGAAGAUCUUUAUCGAUGCUUCUGCACCCAAUUCUACAAUUCAACCACUCACCGGUACAGACGUCGCAAGAUAUAUCGGCAACUACAGCUUUGAUCUGACCAGUGACGAAACAAUUUGGGCCUGUUCCUUGGGAACCUCGGCUAUGGCGAUCUACCGCGUAUGUUGGGAUCAAGUUGUUGCUCAAAGGCUCCUGGCAUCUCGAACACUCACGGACGCUCAAAGGCUGAAGCCUGACACAGUCCUUAAGACUGUGGACGAAGUGUUGGUGGUCGAUUUGGCUGUCGUCUGGGACGCCAAUGUGGGGGUGCCCAAAGACAAGACACGUGAGAAGGCAGCAAAGUAG